CAUGCAAGACCCACAUUCACAUUUUGCCCGAUGCCCUGACAUCUCACAGAACAACAGGAUGUGGACGUUUCUGGUGCUUGGCAAGGAGUCCGGAGCUUGUCUCUGCUCAGUCUUUUAUUCUGGAGUCAGAGAGAGACCCUUACAUGUAGAUAUUGCUCUCUGCUCUCUCAUAUUCUGCCUGUAACUGUCCCUAGUACUGGUCCAUGCUAAUUGCUUCAUCAUUUCUUAAUCAGAGUGUGCACUCAUUCUAUUUUCUCAGUUCUUCUCAUUUCCCUUUUUCCAGACUUAAACUCUUAAUUUACUUUCUGGGUCUCUUGGUUAGAAAAUUUCUUCCUUUGUCAUAUAAAUGGACCAGGGACAGAGACACAUGUGCUUCCUCCCAAAAUAUGAUGGAGACACAAUAAGAGUUGACUGGGGAUGGAUAUGAAUCGAAUCUGUCUUCUAAUAAUUAUUAUGCUGAGCCCCGAAAUGAAUCCAAUGAAAAUUUGCGAUCUUCGCCUUAUAAAUCUAUAUAUGAAUCGGGUUCGAGUCCUGGAGAGGAAAUCGGCACAAUGCACAGAUCGGCCACCACUGUUGGCUCCAAUCAUUGUUCCAAAUGUUGAGGUCAGACUUUCAGAUUGGCAAAACAUGACGGAAUUACAGCAAGGGAAUGAAAUUCUCUUACAUCUAAAGCUGCUGUUGAAUGCAACAGAGAAUGUGAAAACCCCAGAAUGUAUAUCCCUACAGCUAAUAAAAAUUACCCACUAUAUCAAAGAGACUUCUGGCCUCAUUAACAAGGCCCUAGAGAGUAUAAGCAAUAGUUCUAUACCAGUGGAAAUAUCUGUCCUCCCAUCAGAUGGUCGGCAUAUCAGUACCUCAGACAGCACCGAGAUUUUUAAUAGAUUCCUGAAACUGCUUCAUGGGAAAAUGACUCUUUUUCUUCAUCGCCUGAGAGAAGGCCCCUGCAGAUGACACUCAUGGACUGGCCACAUGAACAUCACUGAAAGUGUGGACUACACUGUACCUUGCCAGUCUAUUUUAGAUGUCGUCUGUCCUUUUAUAACUACUGAAUCUGCUAUUUUAUAGCAGUGCCCUGAUUCCAAAAACAUUUGCUUUUAUGGAGUAAACAAAAAUGUAAAAUAUGUGUAUUUUUAUUUACCAUCAAUAACUUACAUUGAUUUAUUCCAUCCAUCUUUGUGGAAUGAACUGAUACAAAAUUUCCACAGCUCUAUGUAGGUGAUUAUAUCUCAAGAAGCUGAUUUUGCUGAAAAACUUUUUACAUUAGAGGAUUCUGAACUAUAUAUAUUUAUGCACACACAUAUUUGUAAUAAAUUUGUAAAUCCUGUUA